UUAAUAUGAUGUCAUGUGUCCUCUGUCCUGCAGAUAAGGACAGGCGGCCGUUCUGCUCCCUGAACCCGUCCUCGCCAACGUGCCGCUGCAACGACGGCCGCUGUAACGCUGUACUCAAAGUAACUCUGGAGUCACAGAGACCGAGAACUACAAGAACUACAACUCCCAGCAUCAUCACCACCUCCGCUACUACUACAAAUUUCCUCAAUGCAGCUAAAACUACGACUACUUCAAGUACAACUGAACUAGAAACUACAACUGAGCUGGAAACUACAACUGCAAUGGAAACUACAACUGAACUAGAAACUACAACUGAACUAGAAACUACAACUGAACUAGAAACUACAACGGAAACUACAACUGCAAUGGAAACUACAACUGAACUAGAAACUACAACGGAAAUUGAAACUACAACUGCAAUGGAAACUACAACAGAGCUGGAAACUACAACUGCAAUGGAAACUACAACUGAGCUGGAAACUACAACUGCAAUGGAAACUACAACUGAACUAGAAACUACAACUGCAAUGGAAACUACAACUGAACUAGAAACUACAACUGAGCUGGAAACUACAACUCCUACAAUACCUACAACUAAAUAUGUUACUUCUAGUACUAUUUCAAGUACAACGUCUGCGGCUACGAGUACUUCUACUGCGGAUACUUCUCCUACAGUGGGACCAACAACAACAACGGUAACCAUGACGACGACGUCCACCCGCUCAC